AGGCAUAAAGGGGCGGGGCUAAGGCACGGGAGCCUCGCAAGCGGUGAUUGCCCUUGUGUCUCCAGCCGGGAAGCGGCGCGGAGCGGAGCAGCUUCCCCGCGCCAUCGCAGCUCCCCGCACCGCGACGGGACGGGCACACGGGCGAGCCGGCAGCGGCGAGGGGAGCCAGCGGCAGCACCCGGCACCGCUCGGCGGGGGGAACCUGAACCUGCCUCGCAGCUCCGGAGCCAGCGGGGAGAGCUGCUUUCCCCCCCCUCCUCGUCCUCCUCCCUCCCCAAUCCACCCCCGCGACCCUGGUCGUCCUCCUCCUCCUCCUCCUCCUCCUCACCCCACUGGAUACAGCGAGGGAGACACUGCGGCGGAGGAGGCGGCGGCGGCGGCGGCUCCUGCGGGGGGAAGGAAGCGCCCGGAGAGCGGAGCGGCGAGAGGCUGCGGAUCUGCGUGCCUGGCGCCCACCCAGCCCGAGGGGAGCCCCCAGGAUGCGGCUGAAGCCCGGAGCGCUCCUGCGCUUCUACAGCCUCUGCGGGAUCCUCGUACAAGUGGCUGCUACAAAGAGCAAAGCUAGAGGCAGCCAAGGGCAGUUUCCACUUACACAGAACGUCACCGUUGUUGAAGGAGGUACAGCAAAUUUGACCUGCAGGGUCGAUCAAAAUGAUAACACCUCCCUCCAGUGGUCAAAUCCAGCUCAACAGACACUGUACUUCGAUGACAAGAAAGCUCUGAGGGACAACAGAAUUGAGCUGGUCCGAGCUUCAUGGCAUGAGCUGAGUAUCAGUGUCAGCGAUGUGUCUCUGUCGGAUGAAGGGCAGUACACCUGCUCUUUAUUUACUAUGCCUGUCAAAACUUCCAAGGCUUUUCUCACUGUUCUCGGUGUUCCUGAGAAGCCACAAAUCACUGGAUUUACCUCACCAGUUAUGGAGGGAGAGAGGAUGCAGCUUACUUGCAAGACAUCUGGGAGUAAACCAGCAGCUGACAUCAGAUGGUUCAAGAAUGACAAAGAAGUUAAAGAUGUUAAAUAUUUAAAAGAAGAAGAUGUAAAUCGGAAAACAUUCACAGUCAGCAGCACGCUGGACUUCCUCGCAGAUCGCAGUGAUGACGGUGCAGUUUUAAGUUGCAGAGUAGAUCACGAGUCCCUAAACUCUACACCUCAGAUAGCAAUGCAGGUUCUAGAAAUACACUAUACACCUUUAGUUAAAAUCAUUUCUUCCAAUUCAUGGCCUGAAGAAGGACAAUCUAUAAUUUUGACUUGUGAAUCCAAAGGAAAACCAGUGCCAGAACCAGUACUGUGGACAAAGGAUGGUGGAGAGCUACCAGAUCCAGAGAGAAUGGUUGUCAAUGGCAGGGUCCUAAGCAUCAGUUUCCUAAACAAAACAGACAAUGGCACCUAUCGAUGUGAAGCAAAAAAUCCUAUUGGCCGAAACAGCACAGAAUAUGUCCUGAUAGUACAUGAUGUUUUCAACACUUUGCUUCCCACUACUGUCAUCCCCUCCCUUACCACUGCAACAGUCACAACCACUGUAGCCUUAACAACCAGCACAACCACAUCGGCAACAGCCAUCAGCACCAGAGAUCCAAAUGCUUUGGCUGGACAGACCGGACCUGACCAUGCUCUUAUAGGAGGAAUAGUGGCUGUAGUUGUCUUUGUAACACUAUGUUCUAUAAUUCUCCUUGGUCGAUACCUGGCAAGACAUAAAGGAACAUAUUUAACAAAUGAAGCAAAAGGAGCUGAAGAUGCACCUGACGCCGACACAGCCAUUAUCAAUGCAGAAGGCAGCCAAGUCAAUGCAGAGGAGAAAAAAGAGUAUUUCAUUUAGAUGCAGAGCUAGAAUCUUGAAGUUUUACUUAUCAGGCUGACUGCUGGAGGAAACUGGCUAUCAUUUCUCAGAAUUCAUUUCUGCCAUCUUCUGCUAUCUUUAUUAACUCACAUACCUGCUAUAAGCAGCCAGUUUAUGCCAACAAUCAGCUGUUGACAUCAUCGUUCUAUAAUUACAGUAUCAUGCGUAAAGCAGGACAUUUCUUAUUGCCUAAAAUUCAUAUCCACUGCUCUCUUAACAUACAGUGCUUGAAUAUACAGCCUUAACAAUGUUAAUCAUCAUCUUAAUCCAAGUUUUCUACAUGUUUAAAUGUCAUACAGCUUUCUUUUUCAGUUUUCUUUUAUCAUGUCCCUACUAGUGUGUCAUAGAACAAUACUCACAACAAAUACUAUUAGGUAAGGACCUAAUUUACUUACAUAAAAUGUUAAGUGUAAGAUUAGAGGUUUACAAAGAAUGUUUUAUACAUGUCUAUCUAUAAUUCAAAAAGCAACUUGGUUUUGAAGCAUAUGCCCUAGGAAACACAAACUGAAAUCUUUUUAGUAUAGUUUCUUGUAUACUUGGAUUUGGUGGAAAAAAAAGCAGUUCACUGUUCUUUUUCUGUUUUGUUUUGCUUUGCUUUGUUUUGUUAUGUUUGAAAUGGUACCUUGACAACAGUGCCGUGUUUCAGUGGUAAAAACAUGCUGAAUAGCUAUACAGAUUCUGCAGAGUUAGAUAAUAGUGCUUAAUUUGAAACAAAUUUGUCCUGCCCUUUUACUGCUUUUCAGGAUUGCAAAGAUUAGAGAACUUUCUGAGUAAUUUCUGGUUUUAUAAUUUAUUUGCUUCACAUGAACUCACCUGCCUACUCAAAUUUGAAGUGUUCAUGGGGCACAACCGCAAGGCAUUUUAGUAUCUGUAUAUAGUGCAUAUAAUAAAUUCAAUUAAACAUUAUUUGAUACAUAUUCAACCUUUUGGGCAGUAACUAAGUCAGUCACAAGUAAGCAUUUUCUAAUGUCCAUUAUAUCCCUUUAGAUAUGACUCAAAUCAGUAUUCCAAGUAGAUAACAUGUAUUAGUAUUUUUUGUCUGUAUGUCCUAGCACUGUUCAGCAGCAAACUUUUCUAGUUCUUGUUAAUUUUUUUCUUUGUUAUACAAUGGAAGCACAAUGUUAUAUGGAAGGUAGUUUUAAGCUAACAACCAGUGCACAGCCUCAGGUUUUAAAUUACAACCACAUUUGAUUACUAUCCUUAAAAAAAUACUAUUGAGUUGCUAAAAUUCUCGAUUUUUAAUUUGGCAGUUCCAGAGCUGCUUCUCUAUGUUGGUUUGCCAAAAAAUAGAAAAAAAAAAAGGAAAAAAAGAAAAAAAAAUAGAAGUGUUAAAACAAAAGAUAUAUGUUUUGUGUAUACAGUAAAUGGACUAAUUCUUUAUAUUAAAUUCCUGUCUAUGCAUUUUGUGAGGUACAAACUUAUGUCACCGUGAAUGAUAGAGAAUUCCUGCCAUGCUUUUAGCUCCACAGUGAAAGUCUCUGUUUGGAUUAUCUCUGAUUUAUUUUUUUUUGUGUGUGUAAUUGACAGCUGAAAAAUCACAUGCUCUUAAAUAUGACAACAAAACACUGUAAGCCCAUCGGCUUAUAUCCUCUUCCAAUGAAACUAAAGGGUGGCCAUAACAGCUCUUGGAAAUGAUUCUACACUGGAGUAUGCAAGUUAAUCUAGCAGGAGCUGGUCUUGCUCCUAGGUUUUGCACCUUUGACAAAAGAGUGUUUCUGUCUGGUUGCUGUACUUGUGAAGCCUAAAAGCAUGAUGGUCUGCUGUAAAGGACUUUCUCCUGGGAUUUUAUUUUUGUGUGGGUAAGGGAGAGUUUGGAAUACGACAUCAUGGAGUAUGGUGAAACGGAAGACAAAGGUGCUCUGUCAGAUUAUUUAUCAGAAGAGUAUGAACCUUUUAAGGACAAUAUUAGAGUAUUUUAAUUGUUUUGUUGAAACAUUUAUCUUGUUGAUUUCUAAGAAAAAAAGGUGACGUCAAUCAAAGCAGCACUUUUUUUCAAAAUAUACAGACAUAAAUAAUAUGAUGUGGUUGAGUGUUAACAUAAUAAAUCAUAUACAGUAUGACAUUUUAAAGAAAUAAGUCUGCAUUGAUGUGGUUGCAUGCUUGUUUUUACAGAUCGCUCCAUACCCAUCUGUGGAAAAAUGCAAUAAUAUGUUAAUAUAAUAUGGUAGUUUGAGAGAACCAGGUAGGUGCUACUAGACACAUUGAAAACUAGUAUAGGUUUACAAGAUAUUCAUGUCUUUCAAAGCAUACACAUGAAAAAGGCUGGCAAAGGAAGUCAUUCAGUUUAAUACCAAAAAUAUGGGUUCUUGUCACAGCAGUAAGUUACAUUAGCUAAGGUACAGUAUCACAUACAAGAAGGUUUUAUUUCAGGACCUGGGGCCCAAUUCAGCUAAGCAUUUCAGCACAUCUUCAGCUUCAGGCAUCAGAGACAUUCCAUUGGACUGUAAAUCACUAUUCAUAUGCUUAAAAAUAAGUGCUUCUCUGGAUGAGGGCCUUAUUUGCUAAAGUGGAAUUCCCCACCAGUGUAGUGUUUACACAUUUUUUCAUUCUUCCCAACUUCAGCUUGCUUGAAUAGUAGGAUUGUUACUUGAACCAUUACCCAUGCAGGGGCAGGUAUGACCUUCAAAAGCAGGAUUGCCCUUGGGGUAACCAUUUCAAACCAUUUUCUCCAGUGGCAUAGAAAGAGCAUUUAAACUUUGCAGAAAAAAAAACAAAACAAAACAAAAAAAACGAAAAAAACCCACCCAAGAGAUAUAAGUUGUACUGUCAGUAUAGGUUAUUUCAUUAGUUUUCAGUUAAAACUUCUAACAUGUGCUCAUUUUUAACACAGUUGAUCUUCCAUUGUCUUGCACCUGGUGAUUCCCCUUGCAGCUGUACAAAGCAGGUGUGGAAAGCCCUACACCAGCAUUCUACCUGGAGAGCACUUUGCAGGCCUAUCUGGUCUUCACAGGUUUAAAUCACUACGUGAGGUGUAAAGAGGCAUCCCUCCUUUUUGUAAGCAAACCAUGGUUCAACACUAAUGACAUUCAGUAGGCUAAAAGUCUGUUCCCUUUGCCCAAGAUCCCAUUCUGAAAUACCGCUUUUAUUACGGUGUGAAGUAUCCAUGGAAUACGCAAAAUGGAGGCUCUGAAAGGGAACCACCCUCGCUAAAAUGUAUGUGACAUCCUCUCCCACACACACUUGCCGACUAGCUCUCUGAAGAGCUGGUUUCUGCCAGUGUACUGUUUACAGUGUCAGUUGCUGAUUGUUUUUAAACUUUUUGAUGUAGAUUCUUGGUUUUUCUUUAAUGUUUCAAGACCAUUCUCAUGAUUUGAACAAUAAAGCGGUGCAUCAGAAGACAAGGGGUGUAUCAUCCCACUCUUUUAGUGUCAUCUGACAAACCAAGAAAAAGUUUAAGUAACCUGAUGUGUAAAUUGAGGCUCGGCAUUUAAGUUAGAGCACAUUAUAGUUUCCAUAUUACUUAAGGAUGGUUUGUCUUGCACUAAGACUCCCUCUAUAAAGGAAUACGUGAAGAAAAGCAACUUUUCUAAAUAAGACAUGAAAGUUAACAUCUUGUGUGUUUUCAUUACAGUAUAAUAUAUAUAUAUAUGACUAUUUCAAUGAAAAGGACAGUCAUUUGUAAUUAUGUAAUUCAUGAUUGUAACAGCACUGAAGUUACCAUGUACGCACAUGUACAGUAGCUAUUUCAACAGUUACAGUGUAGUUACAUGUAAUUCCCUGUAACAUAGCAGUUAUAGUGUAAUUUAGUGCCACUUAUUGUAAAGUGUUACCAAAAGGAAAAUGGAUUUCUUACCUUUACAAUUCCAUUCAAAUUAAAGGUAAGUUUUAUUAAAUUAGCACUGUAAAUCUGAUACUGCAUUUCUUAAUUAAGGAGUUGAUUUAAAACUUCAUAUUCAAAAUGUCACCCUACAGCUUCCCCCCGUCUCCCACCCGCCACUUACCCAGACUCCUUCAAGUGUCCUAUCUCUACACUCUUAGGAACUGGUAAUCUGUGAUGAACAUACCAAAAAUCCAGCUACUUCAACUUGAAUUGAAUAAGCUGUCUAAUAGAGAAAAACGAACAACCACAAAAAAAUAACGAGUAAUGCUUUUUAUUAAGUGGCACAAAGUACACACUAAAAACUAUGCAAAAAUAUAGGUAAAUACAGUGUACUUACAUGUAAGUAUCUUGUACUUGCUGUGUAUGGAUAUUGGAAAACCGUGUAAUUAUAAUAUGCAUUUUGAUUAUUUGAAGCAGGGGGGUGACCCCUAACAGUCACAAGGGAAAACUGGAAGGCACAUACACAAAUAGUGGGUAUCCUGAUGCAAUAUGUGUAAUUCCUCUGCUUGCAAUGAUAACUAAUUUAUAAGAAUGCUUGUACCGCUCCUCAUUCUCACUAGCUUUGCUUUCCAUUUCUUUGAGGCCCAUCAAAUGUCACUGAAACACGUGUAGGCAAAGUAAAACACUGACUCGGCUAAUGGCUUUGUUGCCAGCACUCUGUAUGUCUGGCAAUACUGUUCUGUAAUCUAUUUCUGGCUCAACAGCACAAGUUUCCUCUUUUUUUUCUCUCCUCAAGGGAGCCUAGUAUGUUAAGAUGCUGAAAUAUGCUGCCAUAUGCCCUGGUAUUUUUAGCAUGAACAACAGAGAAAGAGAGAGAGCUGCAUUCUUCUGACCCCUAUUUUGCUGAAUCACCUCACCUGGAAUUUCUACUACUUCCUCAGUAAUACGAGGUAAUCUUAAAUUGUAAGUACAAAAUGCUUCCAUCAAGGUACAGAGGAUGCUUUUAAUGAUAAAGCUAACAUUUUGUGAACAUGAAAUUUUGUAUUACUGAUCUUUUUGCUUCUUGGCACUUUUCCAUCAUACCCUUCCAGAAGGAAUGCACCAAAAGGCAGACAACAUAGACUAGCAAAAGAAGAAAAUAACAUUGUAAGCCUUCUUGUGGUUGCCAUUGCUAUAACCCUCCUUUGUGUCCUGCAUAUCAGGCAAAUAGAUGUAUUCAGCAACAGCCAUUAGCAUCAUUCCACACGCUGUACUAUUCCUAGAAUAUGACAUCUACCUCUUAGUCUAAAUACUAGCUAUGAGAUAUUUGUAUACAUUUUAAAUACUACUGAAUCUUCAGUGUAGUCUUGAAAUGGGAUCACUAUAUUUUUAUUUUUUUCUGUUAAAAAUAGAAAAAAUAAUCUUGCCUGGGUUCAUAAUUCUUGCCCUGUUCUUUACUAAUUUUGGGAUAGUUUGAGGUUUUAACAGGGCAUAGGGACACAGCCUCAGCUGGUAUAAAUCAGCUUCACUCUGUUGCCUUAAAUGUGGGCCAAUUUACACAAGCUGGGGAUUCAUCCCAAACAGCUUAAAAAUAAACUGCUAGAACACAUCAGUAUUUAGUCAGCACUAGAUAAUGAUGUGCAAUGCAACUGCAACACAGUUCUUUCCAGUAAGGCAUGCAGGUUUAAAGAGAAACUUUUAAAAGCACAUGCAAGCUUUUGAAUUAAAUAUGCAAUACCAAUACUGUUGGCAUAUUCUGACAUGUCUCUUACUUAUUUAAACAUAAUAUUGCCAGGGCAUGUUUACAUUAAAAACACGCAAUGCAUGGGGGACAAGGAAGGACUGUUGCAAACAGUAAGAGAAAAGUAAAUGGAUAGAGCUUCCUUCGAUGUCAACAGAGCAGAGUGGAAACUCAUACUGAGAGCAGGACUUCCUAUGUGUUUUUUUCAGAGUGGAGCUAGUACCUCUAAAGCAAAUGGGAGUUGUCUACUUGGUAUUAACAGAAGCUAGCACAGUUUCUUUUUGCUGUUGAUCAAUCUAACCCAGCACUCUGCACUUGUUUUAACUCAGGAGUAAAUAAGGGUACAGACAUGGUUUAACAGCACACUUCCAUAUCACUCCACAUCCUCAGGAUGCUCCAAGCUUUGUGCACUUCCAGCAGCCCUUAAGGGAUUUCUUCCAGCAUGUAGGAAUCAUCUUGUUGCCAAGCGAUGUUCAUUCUUUUGAGCAAUGUUUAAUGUACUCACAACCAGAUGGAAGAUGGUGUGGAGCCAAUAUGAUGACUCUACUAGAGGGUACAAGGGGCUUCCAGAGCCUCUCGGGAGGUGGCAAAAUGUAAAAAAUAAAAUAAAAAAAAAAAAAAACCAAACCCCAUGCUUCCUCAUGACUUCUAUGUUUAUUAUAUAUCUGCCCUCCACAUUCUGUGUCUUAAAUCAUCUAUUCUCUGUUGGGCUAAAAGCAGCAGUCUAAUUGGAAAGGAGGUAAGAAAUAGAAGUCUGUCCUCUGAAAGGAGCAUGUCUGUGUUACUAUUAAAGAAAAGUUCAAGGAUUUUUAUUUCUUCUCUUUUAAUUUAAGAUUCCAGGUGUAAAGCCAAGCCUGUUAGGGUCAGCACUUUCGCACUUUCCCUGUGUUCAGGGUCAAGCCAGCAGGGUUUCAUGUGUGAGCUCUGAUCUCACAAUGCAGCACAAACUACAGACAGCCUUACUCUGCCCUUAUGCAUAGUGUUGAAAAUCACUGAUGCUAUUUUCUUCUAAACAUACUCAUUUUCUUAAUCUUAUUCUACAUUGAAAUCAUUGUAGGGUUUUCAUAAUAGGUUCUAAAGGAGGGGUUUUAAAGUAAUAACUUGUAAAGAAAAUAGUAAUGAUCAUGAUCGACUGUUUAUGUUGAUUAUGAAAAGGAGGAAAAUCUUUAAUUGCUGGGCCAAAUUUUUUACCACUUCCUCUUCCUCUCCUUUCUAUGCAUAUUGAUUAAUGUUAGUAAAUACACAGUUCCACAUGUGGUCCUUUUUCAGUGAAAGCAGGUUUUCUUAUACCCCUGUAUAGCUUCCAUGGAAAUAUGCAAAUAUGACCUACCGUCAUCAGCUUCUGCCUAGACAGUGAGCAAAGAGUGAACUCAUGGAUUACUGAACUCAUAUAUGUCCUGCUUCCACAAAAGUUGGGUAUAAUAGACCUAUUGAUUUCAAAAGAGCAAGGCUCAAGUCCUCAAUACACAUUGCUAUUUAGCUCUUUUCCAGCAGAAUUGUAAAGCAGUCCUCAUGCAUGCUUUACUUUUAGCAUAGAUAUUUUAUAACUACAAAAAUACUUCAGCUGAAGUUUCCUAGUUUCCUAGGACAAAUAGUAAGGCAUAAUUGGUGAAAGGACUUUAACAACUUCAUCUGUUCGUAGUCAGGGUGUGUUCUUCUAGGAGCUCCAGUGUACUCUGCUCUUACACUGCCCAAUUAUCGCCUUGGGGAGGUUAUAUUUGAAUAUGAUCACUAACAUGAAAACAAAAUCCAUGGGAAUUAAACAUAUUGCACUGAUGGUGAGAUACGUUUCCUUCAUUUAAUUUUGUCAUUAAUAACGUUAAGCAUACAAAAUGCAUAUUGUAAUGUAAGGUACAUGACACUUGCAUGUUGCUAUGCCUAUAUACUUACAAAGUAUUCAAUGUGUACUUAGUGGCGCUUAAAAAAUGUCAUGUACGAUUCUUCUAAACAUUCUUACAGGGUUCCCAUUUGCACUUCAUCUUUCAGAAAAGUCUUGUCAGAAAAUUGUCUGAUGAAUAUUAUUGAAAAAAAUAAAAUUGCAAUUUUAGUUA